AUACGCGUAUAGGUACUUGAUGGAGAAGUAAUCGGAGACGGAGACUGGGUCCACCUCAAAUGACUCGCAUAACGUUUGAAAUUAGAGAAAUUGGGAUAUCCCCAAUCUCCAUUCCAGUCCCCAUACAAGAAGGAAAUAGUAGAACCCAAUGGAGUGUUCAUGAAUACGAUUCAGAGUUUUUUUAUCUUUUUUUUUUUACUGAUUAUUAUUUUGUACUACCAUUACCCUACUAAAGAAUUGAUUUACUACUCCAUUAUUAAUAGUAAUAAUAAUAAUUAAUUGUUCCUUUUUCAAAUUAAGGAAUGAAAUAAUAUGAAUCAGAUGAAUCGCCAAUUCCCUUCAAUUUCAACUCUUCUUCAUCUCUUCAUCAUUCUCCCACUUUUAUAUGACUGUUGUAAGGUGGGUGUGUAAAGUGCAUUUUGUUGGAUUGAUGAGAGAUGCAGAGAUCACGUAGAGCUCUUCUGCGACGGGGAGUGAUAGAGAAGACUAUUGGCAGAAAGUAUUUGUAUAAGAUUUCUGUUUCAUUAGUUAUCCUUCUUUGGGCAUUCAUUUUUCUGUUGAAUUCGUGGAUCAGUCAUGGUGAUGGACAUCAAGAUAAAUCUGAAGCACCUGCUUUCAAUGUCUCAAACUUCGAUGAAAACAAGCAAGGAAGCGAUCUAGCCUCUGGUCCUGUACAUAACAAUGAAUUGGCUUUAUUGGAAGAUAAGCAUUUGAAUGAAACUUGUGCUGAAAACUCCUAUGAGACUUCCUGCACUGAUGAUAAUGUAACCAAAGCACUUGCUGGCGAGUUUCAUUCUGGGGAGGAUACUGGAAACCAUACCAAAACUGAUGUUCUGGGGUCCGUGGACCACGCUGAGGUACAGACUGGAGUAGAUAGAAGUAGCAUCACAACUGGUAUAUUGGGGUCUACCGAGAGUUUUGAGGUGGAGGGUUCCAACUUCGACGAGGAAAAAAAGAAGGGAAAUGGAAAGACUGAGCGACUAAGUCGUACGGUCCCUCGUGGUCUGGAAGAAUUUAAGAAGAAGGCCCUUAAUUCUAGCAGUACAAAUGUUUCUGGUGCGACAGGGAAUGUCAUUCAUAGAAUGGAACCUGGGGGUGGUGAGUACAACUAUGCUUCAGCAGCAAAGGGAGCUAAGGUAUUGGAUUCGAACAAGGAAGCUAAAGGUGCUUCUAAUAUUUUGAAUAAGGAUAAGGACAAGUAUCUUAGAAACCCAUGUUCAGCCGAGGGGAAAUUUGUUGUCAUAGAACUCUCUGAAGAAACUUUAGUCGAUAUGAUCGAAAUAGCGAAUUUUGAGCAUUACUCUUCGAAUUUGAAAGACUUCGAGCUGUUGGGUAGUCAAGUUUAUCCUACUCAAACGUGGGAAAAAUUGGGUAACUUUUCCGCCGGAAAUGUGAAGCAUGCUCAAAGAUUUGCACUCUCGGUUCCCAAAUGGGUGAGGUACCUGAAAUUGAAUAUAUUGAGCCAUUAUGGAUCUGAGUUUUAUUGUACACUCAGUAGUGUUGAGGUAUAUGGUGUUGAUGCUGUCGAGAGAAUGCUGGAGGAUCUAAUAAAUGUUCCUGAUCAUCAUCGUUAUGAAAACAAAGAACCGGCAGUUGAUCAGGAACCAACGGCUCAUGUUGCAGAAUCCGCUGAGAGCGGCACAAAUCAAGAUAAUCCCUUUGAAAAUGAAACGGCUGAAGGUAAAAAUUUGAAACACAAUGAAGCUAUUGAUGGAAGUCCUGAUCAUGUUGAAGAAGUGCGUCACCAAGUUAGUCGGAUGCCUGGUGAUACUGUUCUUAAGAUACUCAUGCAAAAAGUUCGAACACUAGACUUAAGUUUAUCUGUUCUUGAAAGGUAUCUAGAGGAGGUUAACUCUCGAUAUACAAACAUUUUCAAGGAGUUUGAUAACGAUUUGGAAGAGAAAGAAUGGCUAUUGGAGAAGACCAGAUUGGAUUUGAAGAAUGUUCUUGAUAGCAAGGAUGUUAUUGCUAAAGAUGUUGAUGAUCUCGUGGCUUGGAGAUCCUUAGUUUCUGUGCAGUUGGAUGCUGUACUAAAGGACAAUGCUAUUCUCAGAUCUGAUAUCAGGAAGGUCCAGGAAAGACAGUUUCACAUGGAGAGCAAGGGUAUCGUGGUAUUUCUUAUAAGCGUAGUUUUUGGUUUUGUGUCGCUUUUUAUGCUGUUCACAGAUAUGGUAAAUAGUGUUUAUAAGUCGGAGAAAUCCAGGAAAUUUUGUUUGAAGUCUUCCUGGUUUUUUCUAUUUUUGAGCUGUACUAGUACUAUCGUCGUCCUUUCACUAUAAGUCGCGGCUUGUAUAAUCUCGUUGAGUUAAUAUAUUAUACAAGUAUAGUAUAUAUCAUAUAUGAACGAUCCACAUUAUCCCGAAACACUUGCAUCUUUGGCUCUUUGCACUCCGUUCAAGUGUUUUUGGCAGACCAAAAUGUAUGAAAGUAUGUUCUUGCAUUAUCAUUAUAAAA